AAAUUUUCCGGUCACGUUGUUAUUUCGUCUUACAUGUAAAUAGUCAUGGGAGUAAGAGGGCUAACGUCCUUCGUUAAUAAUAUACCAAGUGUAUGGAGUACUGAAGGUGAUCUACGCGACACACGAGUCAUAAUCGAUGGUUGGUGCCUGAUCUUCUACCUACAUGGAUCGAUAGACAGUCGCUAUGGCGGGCAGUACGAUAGGUUCUCCAACAAAAUCCAACACUUCUUUGAUUGCUUCAGGAAGAAGAACGUGGAGACAUACGUGGUAUUGGAUGGCCCUACUGUAGCAGUCGAUAAAAAGCUUAACACCGUAAUCAGACGAGCUAGUGAUACCGUCAAGAGGUGCUACAAGAUAUCCAAGGGUGACUCUUCAGAUGGACUUGUCGUACCACCUCUUGCAAAAAAGGUUUUUGUAGAAAAGCUGCGGCAAAUGAGAAUACCUUUUGCAGUGUGUGAUCGAGAGGCUGACCAGGAAAUUGCAUCCCUUGCUCAUCAGUGGAAUUGUCCAGCCAUAAGCAACGACAGCGAUUUUUUUAUUUACGAUCUUCCAGAAGGAUACAUUCCUCUUUCUCACCUUCAUUAUAAUGAAUAUUUACUCCAUGUACGCGUAUAUCAUCAUGAAAAAUUGUGUGAUUACCUCGAGAUUCACCAGCGUCUUUUGCCACUUUUAGCUUCAUUGUUAGGCAAUGACUUCGUGGAUCAACAAGUUUUGGCGCCUUUUAAAUGUGCACUGGAGCCUAUUCAGCCAUCAUCUGGGACGUAUAUCAAACAAGAAGUAAAGAGAAUUUGCCGUUUUCUUGCAGACUCUAGCAACAUCGGUGAAGCCUUAGAGUCCGUGCUCGACACUGUUGACGAGGAAAGUGAGAAAACAAGCUUGGAGAAAGCGCUGACCGAGUCUUUGGCUGAAUAUGCUAUAUCUGAUGGAACACUGGCUUCAUACUUUGAACUCGGUCACAUCCAUACUAACCUCAGUGAUGUUCCUAAGUAUGUAAUCGACAGACACCGCGAAGGGGACUUCCCAUCCAGGUACUUUGGUGUCAUCUCUUGUGCGCGGCAUAUUUUGAAAUUCCAGAUAGAAGAUGUCAAGCAAAAAACGGCCAACAGAUGUUCUAAAAAACUGAGACAAAUCAUCUAUGGCAUUUUAUUUAAGCCAGGAGAAAAUGGAAAUGAAGUAAUGGAAUGGGACCGGACUGGAACCGUAGCGCAAAACCAACGAGUAAAACCAGAUCAUCGACCAGUAAAAGGCUUUGGUGACUUACCAGAUUUGGAAAGUAUUGAACAUAUGGAUGAUGAACAGCGAAGAAAAUUGUUGUCAUCGAUAUUUAAGAUGAAAGUCAAAAGUGUCACGUCACUGCCUGAAAGCAAGCAACUCUUCAUAAUGUCGAUUCGUUACUGGAUUUCACACGCCAGACCAAAAGUGAACAAGAGACAAGUCCAGACAUUGAUUUUACAACACCUUCAACCUAGAAACUUCGAGGAGAUGCCAAGUUUUGAUAUUUCUUUGCAGCAUAAUUUAGCACAGUGGCAGUCCGUCAUGACUGAGACUAUUUUCCUCAACGAAAUACUUUUAGACGCUUUUCCAGAACCAGACCUGUCAACACUGUACAAUGGCGCCACCUCACAAGCGAUAAUGCAUGAGCACUCACAUGAAAGGGCACUGGACCAGUUUGUCAGUGAGCUGGAUGAGUUUCAGAUGCUAUACAAUGCAGCGACAGAUAGAUUGGAAGACAAAUUGCAGCGCGGUGAGACCAGCCUUGCCGAAGGUGACGUCAUUCCUAAGCGCAAAGACAAAAGCCAAACCUCUCAUAAGCAAGUUUCUAAAUCUGGCUCCAAUCCCUUCGAUGUUUUACAGGAUUUAUCUGACGACGACUGAAGAUAUGCACUCGUUUUACUAUUUUUUUUUUAUAAAGUUACGAAUCAUUGGAGCCUUUUAUAUAGUCCACAUAGUGCACAAACUGACUUUUAGAACAAGACAUUCCCCCUAGACAUUGUUGCAGCUUGUUUACGACUGAUAUUCUUUCGUAGGCCUGGUUUGGCUAAGUUACGCGUGAAGAAAAAGUCAAACAAAACAUUGGAUGAUGACUGAUUGUUUGAUUCGCGCUGUUAAGAAAGUUUUUUUUAAGUGUUAAAACGAUUUUGAGGAAGCUUUUAAAACGCUAAAACGUUGAGGAGUUGCUUAGAGUCUACAAAGAUCCUAUGACCGAACAAACAUGAUUUCUUGGAGCGGAUACUGGUGGGAUUAUCAUUUUCCACCUUCUCCGAUAAGAGCAUCCUCAAUGCUGGUAAUGUAAUAUUAUAUAUAGGGGCAAAUAGAGACUUCUUAAUCAAACUCACAACACGGAAUUGCAAGUUAUGCACGCACAAAUAGAAAUUUACUUUAUUUACUACUUACUUUUUCUUUUAUUAUACAAAUCUUCCAAAGCAUAUGAAAAUAUCAUCUUUGUUACUUUUUUCCUACGUUUAAUUCUACUUUAUCGAGAUAUUCAGUAUAUUCUAAAGGAAUUAGAGAAUGACUUUUACGAAGUCUACGUUUUAUCACAUGUAGUCGGUGACUGGGCAAAAUCAGUCUCAAUUACUGAAACGUCUAGCGUAAGUCGUAUACUUUUUGGAUGUCGACCCUGGAUAUUGCUUCAAUUUAAUUCAAAGGUUGGGAAAUCGGAAUGAAUUACGCUAAGAAUUCAAUAGGAUAUGGCAUUAGAUGAGUAAGGAGCAGGGAAUUAGCCAUGUGGGAUAUUUUCCCCCUUGGGCAUGCGUAAUCGAUAAUUGAUUGUAAUUUCCCGUUAACGAAUCUUCUUCAAGAAGUAAUAGACCUAAUCGGCUAACGGCGUUGCUAUGUACGUUGCCACCCAAUUCAAAUCCUGUGGGAAAAAGAACUUUUGUUUCUAAGAAUUCAACUUUGAAAUGAAAAUACAACGAACAAUGAAACUUACUCCCGGGUGGUUUGAAUUGGGUUGAAGCCGAUUAGGUCUAUUGGACUGAUUUUGAUCUAGUUGAAACGAAAGAGCCACCACAGCUAUUGGUUUUGGAGCAAAUCUAAAAGUCUGCGCGCCGUAUAGAAUAUAUUCAGCUCUAGUAGGGUGACCUCAUGCAUCAGUCAAUUGGAACCCCGGCCACAAACCCGGCGGGAGGACCGAGAGAUUAACACACUACAGCCGUGGAUUAACACUGUUUUAACAGCACAAUGAAUGGUAAUGUAAAGGAAAUAAAGAGUUUAACCGCCUUUUUUGGCCUCCAAGUUGAACAAUACUGAAAUGUUAAUUCCCCUGGUAUUCCCCGGGAAUCGGGGGACCGCGGUUUCAAUUUACUGACGCAUUGCGGGCUACCCACGAUUCAGCACACUAUUAGAUUUUCAUGUAAACGAUUUGUUCUAAAUUAUAGUGAUAAGUUUUCGACGGACAAUGCAAUUUUACAUUUUCCAGGAUUAUCAAUCACUUUCAUACUAAUAGCUAUGCUUGUAGUUCGCAAAGCAGUGUGUUAGCUUGAGAUCAAGGCAUUGUAUAUAGAUAUUCUAUUUGUAGUUUUGUAUAAGACCGAGUUCAUUCUUUAUAUAUUUUACAUAAAGCUUAGCUUGAACAACGUCACGGAAGUAUUAAAUAUUGCUGAUGAUAA